AUGUUCGUGCCCUUUUUCUCGUCCAUUUCCUCCUCUAGUUGGCUGUCCUCGAGUUCAAGACUAGAACGCCGGAAAGGAGGUGGCAAAGGAGCGAGCAGCUCCGGAGGCAAAGCGGGCAAGAGCAGCGCCUCGAAGAGUACCGGAAUCACAUCAAGCUCGUCGAGCAAGACCAAGUCGAAGAUUAAGACCAUCUCCAGCUCGUCUUCGUCUUCGACGAAGUGGAAGAGUUCGUCGACGUACGGCGGUGGGAGUGUCCCAGUCGCCGCUGUCAUACCUGCCGGACAGCUUUUUGCUGGACGAGUGGCAGGUGGGGCGACCAGGUCGCAAAUAGUCGGAACAAGAACGUAUGGAAGUGGAUACCCCGGUGUUGCCGGGCGUGGAACCUCAGGGCGAGGAUUUCCGUUCAUAUUCUGGCCCAUCGCCUGGCCGCUCGCAGUGGGCAACGGUGCGGUCAGCGCUUCGUACCUGCAUAACAAACUCGAGUAUGGUGACCCCACAAACUCCUCUCGCCCAGGAGGCCCCCUAUCCACCGGACUCUUUCCUUCUCUCGCCAGCCCUCCUGCUCUCUUCCGGAUCCUAGCCGAUAACAGCACGAUAUCCUCGCUCAUCGAGGACGUCGCGGCAAAUUGCUCUUCCUACCUCUCUUCUACCCUACCCUCUACCUCCACCCCGGUUGCCUCGCAACCUCCUCUGGCUUACACGCCCUCCAAUGUUCUAUCGUCCGAUAACGCAACCGUGGUAUUGCAAUCACCCCAACCACACGAAGUCAUCCAAUACUACCGCGCCUCGACACUCCUGCUUUCCUUGGACGGAUACAACAACUCGCUAGCCACGUACUCCGCACAGGAAGGUGUAGUGCAGGACGCCCAAAUCCCGCUUUCGGACUCGAGGGACUUGGCGCUGUUGGAGUGUCUGAAUACAACGAUUGGGCUGGCGGUGCCGUUGAUUAAUGCAGGGAGCGGGUUGGGGGUGGGCGUCCACGCGAAUGUGAUGGGAUUCUAUCGCAGGCUUGAGGACGCAUCCUCUGUUGAAGAAUUCAGACAGAUCUUCCUUGAUUGUCUCGAGUGCCAUUACCACGCCUAUAACAACUUCGAAGUCCUACAUUGCGACAUCAGCGAAUACAAUCUUAUGUUUGUCCGUGCAGAGGAUACCGCCGAGGUCGAUAGAAAUUUCGUUUGGCCGGAGGGUAGCCCCUCUGUCCGUGGCAUUCUCAUCGACUUCGACCUCGGCUUGGACCCGAACGCUGAAGGCAAAGCUCCUGCUAGCUCGGCAAACCAUCGUACCGGAAUGCUUCCUCUCGUGGCGAAGGACCUUCUCGAGGAUUGGCGGCCCAAGUACCUUUCCCCGCCCACACAUCAUUACCGGCAUGAUCUCGAGUCUUUCUUCUAUACUCUCAUAUGGGUCAUGACGCAAUACGGCCUUGAGAAAGAUGAAGAUGGAAAUCCAAUCCGGGAACCUCUUCCAAAAUGCCUUGCAGGUUGGAACGUGAGGGAGACAGCCUCCGUAAAGAAGGGCGGCUUCUAUGUCUCUUCUGUGUUCAUUACUCUUGAAGAGUCCGUUCUUCCCCAUUUCGCGGAGCUGUGGGAUAAAUGGAUUUUUAACUUGUUCCUACUCUUCCGGACGGCGAUGCUUGGCGCCCCAUAUCCCAAACAGCCAGCCUAUAAGAUAUACGACUUCGCAACCCAUAAUGGCCAAAUCACCUUCGAGACGUUUAUGGAGGCGAUGGGUGAAACGCCGCGCGGCCUUGAUCCCGACCGACGUGCAACAGCAGCUGUUGAAGCGUAG